UAUAAAAGUGGAGGAAGCUUUCACUUUUCCGAAGCAGUUCGCUGAAGACCGUUGAAAUGUUGAAGUACUUUGUAGUCACCUUCACCUUGUUAUUUGCGUGCAAGGCUGCAGUUGAUAAGGACGUUGCUGAAGACGCCCUCCUAACCACACCUCAGUUGAUAAAGAAGUAUGGAUACCCCGAUGAGACCCAUCAAGUCGAAACUGAGGAUGGCUACAUUUUGGAAGUCCAUCGUAUUGCCCGACCAGGCGCUCAACCUAUUUAUCUACAACACGGAAAUUUGGACAGUUCCGGCACAUGGGUAUUGAUGGGUCCUAAUCUUGGCUUGGGUUACUACUUGUGGGAGCUUGGCUAUGAUAUCUGGAUGGGUAACAACCGUGGUAAUCGCUAUUCUAAGAAACAUAAGACCCUUUCGCCAUCGGAUAGUUCGUUUUGGGAUUUCUCAUGGCAUGAAAUUGGAAUAAAUGACCUUCCUGCAACUAUUGACUACAUUCUGGGACACACUGGCUUUGAGAAAUUGCAUUACAUAGGACAUUCACAGGGCACCACCUCUUUCUUCGUUAUGGCAUCGGAGCGACCAGAGUACAAUGAUAAAAUUAUUUCUAUGCAAGCGCUUGCGCCAGUCGCGUCGUUUAUCGAUAUUAAGAGUCCUUACAUCUUGUAUAUUGCUACGUGGCUUGAAGCUGUGGAUUACUGGAGCACGAUGUUUGGAGUAAAUGAAUUUAGUGCGAAUGACGAAGUUAAGUCCCAAUCUAAAAUUCUCUUGUGUAAUGAUGACUCCCUCUACCAGUUAGCAUGUGCAAACGAUCUGUUCCUAAUUGGAGGUUUUGAUCAGGCUCAACUAAAUUAUACGAUGUUGCCUGUUAUUAACGGUCACACACCUGCAGGAGCCUCUGUGAAACAAAUGCUGCACUAUGGGCAAUUGGCUCGCUAUAAGAACUUCUGUCAGUACGAUUACGGAUGGUAUUUGAACUUCUUCCAAUACUUCAGCUAUUUCCCUCCUUGCUAUGAUUUGAAGAAGAUAACAGCUCCAGUAAUUUUGCACCAUGCCACUAAUGACUGGCUAGCCCCAUCAUAUGACGUGAAUCAACUAUUUGAGGAUUUGGGCAAUCCACGAGGAAAAUAUUUGGUUCCAUAUCCAGAAUUCAACCACUUUGACUUCAUUUGGGGCAUUGACAGUAGAGUCUUGGUCCAUAACAAAAUUGUCAGUGUACUCAAAGAAUUGGAACAAGAGGAGAAAUCUAAGAACUAAAUAAAUAAAUAUCCAGUUUGAAAA